CGAAGAGCGUUAAGGAAAGGCAUCGGGUGGUUGAGGGAACGGAGCCACAAAUCAAGCGGCGUGUGCAGCCGUAAACCCCGGCCGCAUGAUCACCGUGAACGGAGAGCCGCGAUCGGAUGCUGCUGGCCUGCUGCCACAGAUCUUGCUUGCUAUAUUAGUAUGGAAAGAUAUGGAUUAUUGGAGAGGAUUUAGUAUCAGAUCAUGCAGCCCAUAGAAGGCUCUCUGAGUUUCUGCGCAUAUAGGCGGAGCACACCAUUCCUCUCGCCCCUCGAAGAACACCAUUCCUCUCAUCCCUCCAAGAGCACUGCGUCCAGAGCUUCACCUCGCCUUGAACUGGGUCAACGCAGGUUGGGGCGUCAGGUCAGCUCCGGAAAUGGCUGCGAUGACACGCGCCUUGCUGCUGCUGUUCGCACUGGCCAUACGGUCAGCAGGAGGACAGCAACGCGUCCACAACGUCAUCGACUUCCACGCGGCCGGGGACGGCAAGACGGACGAUGCGCAGGCGUUCCUGGGGACAUGGCAAGCGGCUUGCAGCGACGCGGGCGAGCCGGUCAUGGCCGUCCCCGGGGGAAGGGCGUUCUUGCUGAGCCAGGUCUCGUUUCAGGGUCCCUGCAAGUCACCGAUAACCGUAAAGCUGGAUGGCAACAUUGUGGCGCCAAACCACAUUUGGACCAAAGAGGCAGCCAACCUCCUGACCUUCCUCGGCGUCGACCACUUGACGUUGGAUGGGAAUGGCGGGAUCGACGGCCAAGGCGCCAUCUGGUGGGAUUGCUACAACCGGAAGAAAUGCCACGCCCGGCCUAUUUUGCUGGGUUUCGCACGGUGCAACAAUCUAACGGUGAGAAGGAUACAUCUGAAGGACAGUGCAGACAAGCACAUGACCUUGUUCCAGUGCAGCCAGGUGAAUGUGGACAGUGUCUCCGUAACAGCGCCAGCGGAUAGCCCCAACACAGACGGCAUAACUGUGGCAUUGUCUAACAACACCUACAUCUCCAACACCUCAAUCCAAACAGGAGAUGACUGCGUUUCAGUCCUAUCAUACACCAAAAAUAUUACCGUCACUCAAAGCAGGUGUGGGCCUGGCCAUGGCAUCAGCGUGGGAAGCCUUGGAAGAUCUGAGACGGCAAUGGUGGAACAAAUCACAGUAUCUAAUUGCAGCUUCAUUGGGACUAUGACUGGAGUGAGGAUCAAAUCCUGGCAGGGUGGGAAGGGUUACGCAAAAGGAUUCCUUUUUCAGAGCCUCAACAUGACUGAAGUUCAGUAUCCCAUUGUCAUCGACCAGUUCUACUGUCCACAGGGAAAUUGUCCUAUAAAGCAUGGUGGUGUGGCAAUAAGCGACGCAAGAUUUAUCGACAUCCAAGGGACAUCCUCCGAGCAAGAAGCCAUCAGAUUACUGUGCAGCCAGAGUGUCCAUUGCCAAGGCAUCUAUCUCAGCAACAUUAACCUCUCUUGGGUGAACCAUACUUCCCCAGCAAAUGCCACUAUUUUGAAUGCCCAUGGAAGCACUGGAGGCAUGGUGGUACCAAGAAUACAAUUUUCAGAUUUUUUGUAGCUAAUACUCUUCGGUGCUACCACUUACAAGGAGCAUGGAGCUAAAUUUUUGCUCAGCUGAGGUCUUUGUACACAGGUAGUACUAGGCUACGAUAUGAUCCCUCCGAUGGUUCAUGCUACAUCAUGUAUGCAGAUUAUUGGUAUCUAAUCAUAUAAAGUAGGUAACUAGGUAUCAAGGUCUUGGGAGCAGCAAUUCACAAUAUCUCACAUGCUUCCGUUUCA